AGGGUGCAUGUGCACAGCGAGUGAUCGCGAGCUACUGAACUGUAGCUUUAACAGUCACCUGAUGACAAAGAAGGACCCGAUGGAGGAAGCAGGAAGUGGUUUUACCAAGAAGCAGAGCCUCAGCACAUAAACAACAGCAAAGGAGCAGAACAAAAGUCAAAAGAGAAAGUUUCACACAUUUAUCGUAAUGGCUGGCAUUAAAGCACUGGUUGGUUUGUCCUUUAGUGGAGCCAUUGGGCUGACAUUUCUUCUGCUGGGCUGUGCACUGGAACAGUAUGGGGUAUACUGGCCUCUGUUCGUACUGAUUUUCUACAUAUUGAGCCCCAUCCCAACCUUUAUAUCCAGACGUGUUAGUGAUGACACUGACUCCUCCAGCAAUGCGUGCAGAGAGCUGGCCUACUUCUUAACAACUGGCAUCGUCGUAUCAUCUUUUGGUCUCCCUAUUGUCUUAGCCCGCAAUAGCACAAUCCAGUGGGGUGCCUGCGGUCUGGUCAUGACGGGAAACGCUGUCAUCUUCCUCACCAUCCUUGGCUUCUUUGUUGUGUUUGGAGGUGGCGAUGACUUCAGCUGGGAGCAGUGGUAGAGUGCGUUUGGACAGUGAACAGACAGACAGAAGGAUGGAUGGAUGGAUGGAUGGAUAGAUAGGUGGGUAGACGGAUAGUUGAAUGGAUAAACUGCAGACUAAGGGGCACAAUUGUUGUGCACUCCAUGGGGAUGAUUAUCAGGCUUGAAAAUGUCAGAUACUGGGCAUGUUAUCAGGCCGAUGUUAAUAUGUUAGGGGGUAUUAUAGACAACACUAUGUACCCUAUUAAUGUGCCUUAUGUCUGGGACUAGGGAAACAAUGAUGCCUGUACCCUGCUUAUGCUUUAACACCGUCACUAUCCACCUUAACCAGUGUAUUUUAGCUUGUCUCGCCUUUGCUUCAACCCCCAAAUCACCCUGUUCAUUGCAGCUACCUGCUAUUUCAUUACGCUUCAGUUAAUCAAUAUCAUAAAGGGAUCCAAAAGAGUAACUAUAUUUUAAUGCUCACCACAAUACUCACUGUGUUAUCUGUCCUCACUGUUCAAGGGGGAACUGGCUAUACCGAAUUAUGGCUUGCUUAAUAUGAGCACUGUUUACAGUGUUCAAAGUGUAAAGGCAGGGCAAGUCAUCUUAAUCCAUGCUAUCUGACAACUAGUUUUAGGAUUCCUAAUCAGGUGAAAUAUAUAUAUUUGUAUGGAGAUCUUGUGUGUUUUUGUUUUCAAGACUUUGAAGCCUUGCUUUUUGUUUUGGUGCAAUUGUUUACAUUCUCACCAAAGAUCAUUGUAGACUGCAAAAAUGGAGCAUAUUCACCACUGAACUGUAGGCUUUGAUCUGUACUAUGCAGCAACAUGAUGCUCAAAAGCUAGCAGAGGCAUUUGAGAAAGCACUGGUUAGUAUGUAUCAUACAUCUGAGCAUCUGUGUUUAACUCUCGUGUGAGCCGUACCCACAUUCAUUUUAUAUUCCUGCAGAUGACAAAGAGAUUCAUAAUAUUUACAAAAGAUCAGUUUGUGAAUUAUAUUUUUACAUGUUGAAUGGUAAAUACUGUACAUGUAUGUUUUUAGGCAAAGUGUGCUUCAUGCUAAUGGUGAGGGCUUAACCUGCGGACUCAGUCACAAGUGCCUGUGCAAACUGUUAGUGGAAAAAUCUCUGUUUGAGAUUCAAGUCAGUUUUAAUGUUUCAUCAUCAGAGGCCAUUGGAAUCUGUAAAUCAAUAUUACAUCCUCAUGUUCUGUUUCAUCACUGUUGGUAACUAUUAAUGAGGUUCUUCUUUUUGUGUAGAUAGCCCCACUUCAGAGACUAUCAAAGAUAGGUUUUGAAAGGACAAGCAUUAUACUGUGUCUCACAACUGACAUCAUCAAUAGGAAGAAAGUUUGUUCUGUCUAUCGUGCCACCCAUACCCAAACCUUGAAAACACUAACAAGUGCUGAAGAGCUCUGAAAGGUUAUUUCAUAACCUCCUGACUGCAUUUGUUUCUCUAACAUUGAUUAAAUCUCUCUGUAUAGUGAAAGAAA